AAAUCAACAGCCAAUGACACCUCCCUAACGAUAGAGGGCAUCGACGUUUUGGUUCAUGCUAAAGUUGGUCAGCGAAAAUGACAACAUUACGAGCUUUCACGUGCGAUGAUUUGUUCAAGUUCAACAACAUCAACCUGGAUCCAUUAACAGAGACUUAUGGAAUCCCAUUUUACCUACAGUACCUGGCCCACUGGCCUGAGUACUUCAUUGUAGCAGAAGCCCCUGGUGGAGAAUUGAUGGGUUACAUCAUGGGAAAGGCGGAGGGAUCAGUGGCGCGAGAAGAGUGGCAUGGGCACGUCACGGCUCUCUCAGUGGCCCCAGAGUUCAGACGACUGGGACUGGCAGCCAAGCUUAUGGAGAUGCUGGAGGAGAUCUCAGAAAGGAAGGGCGGGUUCUUUGUUGACCUGUUUGUUCGAGUCUCCAAUCAAGUGGCGGUGAACAUGUACAAACAGCUAGGCUACAGUGUUUACAGAACCGUGAUAGAGUACUAUUCUGCUAGCAACGGAGAACCGGAUGAAGACGCCUAUGAUAUGAGGAAAGCCUUGUCGAGUGACACAGAGAAGAAGUCCAUCGUUCCUAUACCACAUCCUGUCAGACCAGAAGAUAUAGAAUAGACGGUGGAACGCGGACACUUUUUAAAACGAAUACGUUUAUAUUUCUCUCGUCUGCAUUGGUGAGUGUGAUCAGGACUAGUUUUGAGGGUGUGAUGUGUGAAAGCUGACAGAAUGUAAUUGUACAUAAUUUUGAACUAUCCAAUAACUGGUCCUUUGUGAAACUAAGAUUUUUUUUGCCAAUGAGUCACUGUUUGGUGUGAAAUUUGAAAGUAUGAAAUGCUAUAUGGAAUUGAAAGGACUAAUUCAAUAAAUGAUCUACUUACUUGACUCACCCAGGGACCUGCUGCUUUGUUACAACAAUCAGUUAUGGUUCAUUUUCAAAUAAAUAAAAUGGAUAUCAGUGUUA